AUGCCUUCCAGUGUAAUUCAGCCUGACUCUGCCGUCACUCUCAACUCGGGCGAAAGAAUCCCGCAACUGGGGUUUGGAGUAUACCAAUCCCCACCUGAAGUUACUUCGAAGACGGUACAGAGUGCAUUGGAUGCAGGAUACAGACAUAUAGAUUCGGCUCAAUGGUAUUUCAAUGAAGAGCAAGUAGGCUCAGCUAUCGAAUCCUCCCAGUAUGCUCGAGACCAAGUAUUCAUUACGACGAAGCUAGGGCAUGCAGACCGUAUCACCGAACUGUUGGAGGAGAGUGUAUCGAAAAUUGAUCCUAGAGAUGGGGGAUAUGUGGAUCUGUUCUUAAUUCAUUCGCCUAGUGCUGGACCGGAGAAGAGGAAGGAACAAUGGAAGGCUUUGGAGGAUUUGGUCAAUAGAGGUAAAGCGAAGAAUAUUGGGGUAUCCAACUAUGGUGUCAAACAUCUUGAACAGAUGGAGCAAUAUGCCAAGAUCCCUCCAGCGGUCAAUCAGAUCGAGCUCCAUCCUUGGUGCCAACAACCUUCCAUCGUUUCAUACUGCCAAACUCACAAUAUAGCCUUAGAAGCGUACUCUCCUCUCGUUCAGAGCACCAAGGCCUCUGACUCAACUCUACUCAAGAUAGCGGAAGAGACCGGUAAGAGUUGGGCACAGAUCUUAAUCCGAUGGAGCUUGCAAAGAGGCUUCAUACCACUACCCAAAUCCGACACCAAAGAAAGGAUCAUCGCGAAUCGAGACGUGUUCGAUUUCGAGCUGACCGAUGCUCAGAUGCAAUUGCUUAACAGCUUAGAUAAGGAUGAACAUGUGUGCUUGAAUCACACUGAACUGCCUUAG